CCACCCAAAAACCCGGACAUCCCAUUUCUCUUCAGAAAUGGCCAUGUCCAACUUCCUCUCCCCCACAACCCCUCUCCGCCUCUCCCACCACCCAACCCUCCUCCACUCCUCCCCAUUCUCUCUCCCCCACCACUCCCUUCUCUCACUCUCCCACCCCAUCAAACCCAGAAGACUCCUCCUCCUCACCCCCCAUUCCAAAGGCGGUGACGACUCUGUCGACGCCCCCGACCGCCUCAUCGCCGCCUUCUGUUAUUUCUACCCCUUCUUCGACGGCAUCCAGUACGGUAAAUACGUCAUCACCCAAUUCACUGCCAUCCAGGCUCUGAUUAACCCCCUGGUUCCUGCUAUAAGGGUCUUCAAGAGCUUCCCCUUUAAUGGGUUCUUGGUAUUUUUAACCCUCUACUUUGGUGUUGUUAGGAACCAGAACUUUAGUAGGUAUGUGAGGUUCAAUACCAUGCAAGUGAUUGUGCUUGAUGUGCUGCUCAUCUUUCCUGAUCUUCUGGAGAGGAGCUUCAAUCCCAGAGAUGGGGUGGGGUUGGAUUUGCUCAUGAGCUUGGAUAGUACUGUGUUUCUUUUUCUUUUGGUGUCUUUGGUUUAUGGGUCUGCUUCUUGCUUGCUGGGUCAGGUGCCCAGGUUGCCCAUUGUGGCUGAAGCUGCUGAAAGGCAAGUUCCUUGAGAUGAAAUGAAUUGAGAUUGAGCUUAUUCUUUUGUAGCAAAUUGUGAUGAUUUGUUGUCAAAGGGAGAGCAAGGCGAAGUUGCUGGAGAUAUUUUGUAGCCAAAUUGUGAUUUUUGGGUUACUGAUUAUGCUUAGCCACAAGAAAAGGAAGAAAUUCAUAUAGUAGUAGAAUGUUGAUGUUGUUGUC